AUGGAGCUCUCGCAGGCCUCGGGUGCCGCCACGUGCACGGCCGUCGUGGUGACGUCCGCGCUUGUCGCCGCAGGCGUCGCCGCGUUCUCCAGCGGGGCGCUCUCGCGCACCGCGGCGGGCGUAACUACGGGCGGCGCGGGGAAGGAGGCUACUAAUUCCCGUUCCGACGCGGCUUCCGCGAAAGCGUCGAAGGCGAUGGACGGCGUUGUGGCGUGGCUGCCCGCGGAGAUCGCGACGUCGCUCGACGACUUCCCCUUCUUCCUCAAAUCGGAGCGUAUUCGUACUUGUCGUGUGCUUCCGCUUUAUCUUGAUCGGUCGGUGCGGUACCAGGCGGAGCUGUGCAAGGGGCUGGCCAAGAAGUUCGACGCCGCCCUGUUCCUCCUCGACGCCUCCUUCGUGCACCUGCUCUCGCAGGUGCCUGGAUCGGGCUUCGCCUAUUUCACGGAGAAAGGGGACGCAGCUGCCACGCUUCAGGCCAUCUCCAAGGCCUCUCAUGCGCGCCCAGUGAUCUGCCUGGUGGCGAGCGCGGAUGGCUGUGCGGCAGCGCUGGCCCAGACCCUGGCGAAGCGGGUGGAGGGUCCCCAUGGCAUGCUCGUCGUUGCCUCCUGCACUGCUGCCUGCGAGGACGUGCACGCAGCAUCUUACUCUGACGUGGAAGUGCGCGCUCCCAAGGAGAGUGAGAAGGUGCGGGCGUGGGAGGCGAUGCUCAAGGAGCAGAGUCACUACAUGGUGUGCGAGCGGAACCUGCAGGCCAUCUUCCUGGCGCUGAAGGCGCGCAAGGUGACGUGGGAUGAGGACGUGGCAGACGCGCGGUUCAACUUCACGGCCGCGCUCACUGCCGAUGAGGUGGAGGACAUCAUCAACAUGGCCCUGUCGGAGCAGAUGCUUGCCGGCCGCACCAACGCGCAGUUGCACGUCACACGCGACAGGCUGGAGUACUCGCUGAGUCUCUUCUUCGAUGAGGAUGGUGCAUGCCAUGAGAAGACCGCCGUCACCAACGGCCAGGUGGGGCAGGGCAAGGAGCCAGUGGCGGUGCACAAGGCGGUGCUGCGCGUGGGCAUCCCCAAGGGCGACGAGGGCGCGGGCUCCAAGGUGGGCACGCCCAGGGGCGAUGCGGUGAGGACGCCCCGGGCAGCGGAGGCACUUGCUGCCAAGGUCGCCUCUCCCAAGGUGGCCACGCCUAAGAAGCCAGCUCCAGCCCCUGCCCCGGCAGCGGCAUCUGACGACAACGACUUUGAGAAGCGCAUCCGCCCGGAGAUCCUGGCGCCGGGCAGCAUCGGAGUGACGUUUGAGUCCAUUGGAGCGCUGGAGAGCGUGAAGGAGUCGCUGCGGGAGCUGGUGCUCGUGCCGCUCAAGCACCCCGAGAUCUUCAACAAGGGCGGCCUGCUGCAGGCGUGCAAGGGCAUUCUGCUGUUCGGCCCGCCGGGCACGGGCAAGACGAUGCUGGCCAAGGCGGUGGCCACGGAGUGUGGGGCGAGCUUCAUCAACGUGUCCAUGUCCACCAUCACCUCCAAGUGGUUCGGUGAGGACGAGAAGAACGUGAGGGCACUGUUCACGCUGGCGGAGAAGGUGGCGCCCACCGUCAUCUUCAUCGACGAGGUGGACAGCAUGUUGGGGCAGCGCAAGGGGGCGGGGGAGCACGAGGCGAUGAGGAAGAUAAAGAACGAGUUCAUGACGCACUGGGACGGGCUCGCCUCCAAGGCGGGCAGCCGUGUGCUCGUGCUCGCCGCCACCAACCGCCCCUUCGACCUCGAUGAGGCCAUCAUCCGCCGCUUCCAGCGCCGCAUCAUGGUGGGGCUGCCGGACGCGGGCAACAGGGAGCUCAUUCUGCGCUCCAUCCUGCAGCACGAGCACGUGGAUGCUGACGUGGACUACUGUGAGCUCGCGCAGCUCACUGAAGGCUUCUCAGGGAGCGACCUCAAGACUCUCUGCACCGCAGCAGCUUAUGGCGUACUGAGGGAGGCUCUUGCAGCAGCAGAUGACGGUGCUAACGAGGAAGCAUUGAAGCUGAGGCCACUGACCUUGAAGGACUUUCGUGAGGGCAAGAACCAGGUGUCGGCCAGUGUGGCUGGUGAGGCGCAAAGCAUGCAAGAGCUCAAGGAGUGGAACAACCUUUAUGGGGAGGGUGGGAACCGCAAGAAGGCUGUACUUUCCUAUUUUCUGUGA